AAUCGGAACGAAUUCUCUUUUUUUGCAUCUCCAAAACGUGUAGGACUCUCUUUUCCGUACAAGGUAAAAUUUGUAGAAAAAUGUUCGGGGAUUUACAAACUACUGAAGGACUAAGAAAAUUAAAUGACUAUCUUUCUGAUCGGAGCUAUAUAGAGGGGUAUCAAAAAUCUGAAGCAGAUACUAAAGUCGUUCAACAAUUAAGGAAACCUCCUCCAUCUACAUAUGCCCAUGCAUUAAGAUGGUAUAAACAUAUUAAAUCACAUGAACACGAGAUAAUUGGCUUUCCACAAUCAAUUGAAUCAAAUGAAUUAGCUGAAAAGAGAAGCAAAGUUGUUGCUGCUGCUGCUAAUGAUGAUGAUGACGAUGAUGACCUUGGUCUUUUUGGUUCAGAUGACGAUAUGGAUGAAGAAAUAGAAAAGUUGAAAGAAGAAAGAUUAAAACAGUAUGAAGAGAAGAAAGCCAAAAAACCUGCAACAAUAGCAAAAUCAUCUGUUGUACUUGAUGUCAAACCAUGGGAUGAUGAAACUGAUAUGCAAGAAAUGGAAAAAAUGGUUAGAUCGAUUAAUUGUGAUGGUCUUACCUGGGGAGCCUCAAAAUUAGUGCCUCUUGCAUUUGGUAUUCAUAAGCUACAAAUUGUUUGUAUUGUGGAAGAUCUGAAGGUCAGCAUAGAUUGGCUUCAGGAGGAAAUCCAGAAUUUUGAGGAUUACGUGCAAUCGGUGGACAUUGCUGCAUUUCAAAAACUUUAAAGAAUAAAACAAAGAAUAAUUUUUUUCCGAA